UGGUUAGAGACACCGGCCGGCCGGCCGGCCGGCCGGGGCCGAGAGAUCAGCCGGUUAAGCCACCGGCUAGCCGUCGAGCGGCACGGCCGAUAAUCGCUUGGCUUUUGGUCGAUAUAUAUUGUACCGGACACUAACCUCUUAUCCUUUCCUCUCGUCUCGCCCCACUUGCACCCGCGCGAGCAGCGACGCCUCCUUUUUUCCAGAGGAAGCCGCCACUGAGCUCGCUCGUGCUAGCUACCUACGCACAUAUCUAGCAGCUACCUAGCCAGCUACAGCCGCCUGCCCUAGCUAGGGAGGGAGGGAGCGGGCUGCAUAGAUACGCGGGGGAGGCAGGCGAGGGUGAGGAAAGAGCAGCAGUAGACGACCUGCCGGCCAUGAGCGGGAGGCACGAGAACGGUCAUGGCGCCGCGGCUGCCGCGGCGGCGGCGGCGGUGGCGGCAGGAGGAGGAGGAGGAGGCAGGGCGGGGGACGGCGGCGGCGACGCGCACGAGGACGACCUGGUCAUGCCGGGGUUCCGGUUCCACCCCACGGAGGAGGAGCUCAUCGAGUUCUACCUCCGCCGGAAGGUGGAGGGCAAGCGCUUCAACGUCGAGCUCAUCACCUUCCUCGAUCUCUACCGCUACGACCCGUGGGAGCUCCCAGCAAUGUCCGCGAUUGGGGAGAAGGAGUGGUUCUUCUACGUGCCGCGGGACCGCAAGUACCGGAACGGGGACCGGCCGAACCGGGUGACGACGUCGGGGUACUGGAAGGCCACGGGCGCCGACCGGAUGAUCAGGGCGGAGAACCAACGGCCCAUCGGGCUCAAGAAGACGCUCGUCUUCUACUCCGGCAAGGCGCCCAAGGGCGUCCGCAGCAGCUGGAUCAUGAACGAGUACCGCCUCCCGCCCGACGACACCGACCGCUACCAAAAGACCGAGAUCUCCCUCUGUCGCGUGUACAAGCGCACUGGCAUCGACGACGGUCACGGCCAUCCCUCCGCGCGCUCGACGCCCUCCCGUCGCGCCGCGGCCCAGCAAGACAUUAAGCAGGCGUCAUCGUCGUCCACGCCCACGCCGCCCACGACUCCCUCCAAGAUCGUGCACCUUCUCCACGGCGAGUGCACGUCGGCGCCGACCACCAGGGACCACGCCGCGGCACACAACAAGGCGGCGGCGCAGCGGCAGCUGCCCACAAAGCCGUGCAGCGGCGGCUACCAGCUGUCCGCGACGAGCUCCGCCGCGUCGGCCGGCGCCGAUCAGCAGCAAGUGGGAACCGCGGCAAUGCCGUCGUCGUACGAGCAGUCCCGGAACGCGAACGCGUUCGCCUCCACGUACUCGCUGCUCAGCCUGGUGAACGCGGCCUCCAUGGGCGGCUCCGCCGCGGCCGCCAUCGACGAGCUCAGCACGCUGGUCGGAGUCGGACACGGCCCGCCGGCGUAUUUCAACCACCAGGCCGGCGGCGGGCACAGCCACAGCUUCCUCCCCCUUCCAACAACGCCGUCGUCGCAGCCAGUGGCGCUCGGGACGCUGCCGAUGUCGCUGGCGGCCAUCUCUGACAAGAUCUGGGACUGGAAUCCGAUCCCCGACGCGGCGGCUAGAGAUUACAGCAGUGCCGGAUUCAAGUGACGGCUACUGAGCGGCGGCGUGCACUCCGCCAAGCACCGCGCGCACGGGUGCAUGGCGGCGCACAUUCCUACCGGCCCUAAUGAUGGUACAGCCAUGUAGAUCUUACUGUAUUUCUCUCGGUCUCUCUUUCUCUCUCUCCCCCGGUUAAUUUGUUCACGGUAAAUUCUGAGGAAACAAUCACUGUAGACAACUAUAUACCCUUUUUAAUCAGACUAUAGAUCAUACCACCAACUUGUACUAGCAGUAUGAUCAAGAAUUCAGGAUAGGUAAGCUGGAAUUCCUACUGAGUUGCAUAUAAUAACCUCCUUUAAUUAA